GAAAAAAUAAAAGAGCGAUAAUUGUUAUUGUUAGCUUGUUAGCUAGCAGGCGAACUCGAGAAAUGGAGAUAUGACUGAGUAAUAACGUCUUAUUACAUGUGCACGAUUAAGUUAUUACAAACGUAAAGUGAUGGAAGACGGAAACAGGAAUGAUGCUGCUUCCACAUCCAAGAGCCACGCAGGUUCCCUCCACCUGCAGACUCCAAAAAAUGAGGAUGCCUAUGAAAUUGCCAUCCCCUAUGAGGAGAACAACUUUGAGCAGCAAGGAUUCUUCAACCAGACUGAUCAGAAUUUUGAUGAAUCGCCCUCAUCUGCAGGCCCAGCUCCAGUCAACAGCUCAUACAUGGUGAUCACCAACCUGCGGACCCAGCUACAGAUCUCUCUGGAGAAAAACUCCUGGCUGCAGAAGAGAAUUGAGGACUUGGAAGAGGAGAGGGACUUCCUUCGUUGCCAGCUUGACCGCUUCAUCUUUUCCACCAAGAGCCACGGACAGGAGCAGAGUCAGAGUCAGUACAGUAACGGAUAUGAAUCCAGACGAUUUAACUGGAGAGCAAGAAGAGAGGAAGAUCACCCUUCUGAACAACAGAAGACAGACUCACAGCAUUUCCCAUCACGCCAGUUUAUCCAGCGAAGGCCUGGUCCUGCAACUAUGGUGCCUUCAAAAAACCAUGUAUCUAGUCAACUGACCAAUCAGCUAGCCUCUAUGAACGCUUUGUUCAGCUCCACACAAUCCCAGGCCCUUCUGCAGGGCCACAACACCUCCAGUAGUGCAACCGGUGGCAGCAGUGGAAACAGCAGCAGUGCUGCAAGGUCAUCCAUGAAUGAAAUGAGUGGACAUAGCAACGUAGGUCCAGAUUCCCUGUCGCUUCUAGGAGAAUCUGAUGAGUACCUGGAGCAGGAUGGCUUCAUCGAGGAGGAGGAAAUGAUAUCAGGGGAAGAUGUAAUGUCAGAUACUAUUAAUGGCAACAGACACCAGUUAAAGAGAAGGCGGGUUUUCAGAGCUCCAAGGGAGCGACAAAGAGUGAAAGACGCUGCUGGAGUACUGUUUCGCUACAAGAAGAUUCUACUUACAUACCAGCGUCUCAAAAAUAUGUCCAAAGCCUUCCAAAUCCAUGGCGUUGACCGCAACACGGUGGCUUCUACCACACCCAUUGCUGAGCUGCUACUAGUAGCCCCAGAGAAGGUGGCAGAGGUGGGUGAGUUUGACCCAUCCAAGGAGAAGCUGCUGGAUUAUGCCCGGCGCUGCUACACUGCCCUGGAUGACGAGACACUGAGCAGAGUACAGGCCCUGAAGAAGAAUAAUCUGCUCCUACCCAUCUCCUACAGAUUCAGACACUGAACACCCCACAAGGGUGGGAUGUGUCUCUAGAAAGCCAUGGAGUGCGUGACUAAGUAAGAAAUAAAAAAGCAGCUGUGUUUAGCUGCAGCAGGCUAAGCUACCCCUGAGUCAGAAUCUUGAGAUAAAUGGAGUUAUUUUACGGUCUCAGCUGUUUGUAGCCAUGUAAACUGCAACUUUUCACAUCCUACUGCCAACUCAGUACAGACGUGUUGGUUUAUUCAAACCACAGUGGAUGUUGAGGAUUUGAGGUUGCCUGCUGCAGUCAAAAAGGGAAAAAACGUGGUUCUCAUUGUCUGUAUGACUGAGUUAGUGAAUAAGAUUCUGCCUUUAUUAUUACACUUUUUAUAGAGAAGACUUCUUUAUCCAGUACUAGAAUCAUUAUAAACAACUCAGCUCAUUUAAGCUUCAGUUUUUAUUUGUCAGAGGCACACUUUUGUUUUCUAUGCCCAACAUUUGGAUGAGCUUGAAGGCAGCGGUGCAGUCAUUAAGUGUCUAAAUCAUUUUGGCGAUUACCUAAAUAAUCUGCAGCAAUUUAAAUCACUUUAUUUGUAUGCAAUUUUGACACAAUCCCCAACGUAUGGUAGCUUUCAAUCACAGUGUUUGUGUAUUUUGCAAUAAUGCUGCACUCUGUAUAUUUUAUAGAAUCAUGUUUAUAUUAUUCACUGUGCAUUUGUUCAAGUAUCUUUACAUUCGUCACAAUGUUGUCACCAUUUCACUUGCCUUUAUGGACUUUAUGAGUUCCUUGCAUGAAAGACACAACCAAGCUCUGUUUAACCGUCCCACUUCUCUGGGUUUAAUGGAGGAGAGAACUUAAACUGACCAUAGUAAAGACUAGUACAACAUUACACUAAGAGGUCCAGUACAUUUUUUAACGGACUAUAGUUUUGGCAACUUCUGUUGUUGGUAUAAAAUCAGCCACAGAAAUGUUGCUAAUAUUUAAUGUGUUCACUUAAUACAAAUAUGACCACAAGUUGGUCUUGACCACAGCAAUAGUGCUGCAUUAAUGUGUUGUUCCAUUAAGGGUUUUACAAAACCUUUUUGUAAAUGACAAGCUCUAACUGACAGUAAAUGUCUCUUCAUAUUCUUCUGCUGUGGAGGCUCUUGUAAUGGUUGUGACAAUAACACCUUUUGUAAAAUAUGGUUUGGAGCAUUUACACUAAGUAUUAUUAUACUGGUUAUUUUAACACUAUUAUUUGUUAUUUGUAAGUUUUGGUUCCUUGUGAAGAAUUGUGGAUGUUCAAUACACAAACAUUUUUACAGUGUGAGUUACAGCAUCCACAAAAGUGACCACCUUGUUAUCACAGAGGAACAAUUAUAUUUUUCCAGUGCCCCACUACAGAUGCAUGUGAAAGGAUCUCUUUGGUUUAAAAAGGCCAUGACAAGGCCUUUAAUUUUCAAAACAGAAGACAUGUUCACUAUAUUAUCCAGUAAUGGGUGGCGUGUAUACCAGUGAAGUGGAAUAAUAAUAUCUAUUUAAUAAAAGAGACAAGGUAACUGUAAUGCUGUGACGCCAGGCUUAGUUUUUCACAUCUCAAAAACAUGUUAUCCUUCAAUGCUUUUUGAAUGUCAUCCUAAAGCGAUAAGUGCUCCAAUUUGAGCUACUUUACGUGUCUGAUUGUUGGCAUGGCUUAAAGGUCGGAAAUGCAACUCCUAAGUAGAUUUUAAAGAUUUGCACCAGUGCAGUGUUUAAUCAUGUCUCACUUAAAAUGCCUAUUAUUCACUGUACAGGAUAAUUCGAAUUAGUUCAUACAAGUGUAAGUUUAUUAAUCUGGGAAAUCCAGCAGGGCUGUGCAAUGAAAAUCUUGGUUCAUGAUGAUUCAUAAACUGUACUGUUGAGAUAAAUGUAAAUAAAACAUUUGAUUUCCUAUA